AUGCACGCAUGGAAGGCGAUGGAGAAUACCCGCCUCAUCCGCUUGGAGAUGGCGCUGCUGGUGAUCAUCCUGUUCUUCAAAGAGACGCUACAGGGAACCAACGAGAAGCGCCUACUGCACUACCUGUUUGUUGAAAAGCACUACAACAACCUAGAGAGGCCCGUGGAAAACGAGUCCCAUGCCAUACAGGUCCAGUUCAGCGUCGUACUUCAACAGAUCAUUGACGUUGACGAGAAGAUGCAGAUUCUUCAUUCUAAUGUCUGGCUGAAUAUGAAAUGGAAGGACUGUAAUUUGGUUUGGAACCCCGAGGAAUUUGGUGGCAUAACAUCUAUUAGAGUUCCCGCCGCUAAGGUCUGGAAGCCUGAUAUAUUGAUGUACAACAGUGCCGAUGAGGCGUUUGAUGGGACCUUUCACACUAACGUCAUAGUAUAUAGCGACGGCAGCUGUUCAUGGGUGCCUCCGGGGAUGUUUAAGAGUACAUGCGCAAUCAACAUCGCAUGGUUUCCCUUUGACGAGCAACGGUGUACAAUGAAAUUUGGAUCAUGGACGUACCCUGGACAGUUAUUGGAUCUACAACUGGAAAGUGACAAAGGAGAUACCUCAAAUUUUAUACGUAACGGCGAGUGGAAACUUCUAGGUGUACCGGCGGUGCGGAGCGAGCGUCACUACGAAUGUUGUCCGGAGUUCUACAUAGACAUAACGUUUACCAUUCACAUCCAGAGGCGUACUCUCUACUACGGCUUCAACAUUAUCAUCCCGUGUGUCCUUAUCUCGUCCAUGUCAUUACUACUCUUUAUGUUACCGCCGGACUCAGGCGAAAAGAUAUCCCUAGGUGUAACGAUCCUGCUGUCAUUGAUGGUGUUUCUGUUACUGGUGGCGGAGACCAUGCCCCCAACAUCAGACGCAGUGCCACUGAUAGGUAUAUAUUUUUGUUGUAUAAUGGUGAUGUGCUCCCUGUCCGUCAUGUUUACCGUAAUUGUGCUCAAUUUCCAUUACCGAGGACCUGAUACUCAUCGUCUUCCUGACUGGGUGCGGAAAUACAUAAACGGUUGGCUAGCGGCGGGUCUUCAAAUGAAAAGACAGAACCGAGAUCAGAAAGAUGCUCAUAGAGAUAUAGUUCAAAGGUCAAGACUACGUGACGUAGUGCUGCAGGAUCGGCAGUCUCGCAGUCUGCUUCCAAAUGUUGUCGAGACGGAUGAUGACUUAAGAUAUGAAAAUGGAUCGUAUGCUGCUAAUUCGGGUGUAAAACGAGAGGAAACCUCUCUGAUAAACACUCAGCGUUGCGAACUGGUCUCUAUUUUGAAAGAAAUAAGAAAGAUAACUAUCCGGUGUAAGCGAGAAGAGGAAGACAUGGAGAUGAGGAGUGAGUGGCGAUUCGCCGCUAUGGUUAUAGACAGGUUGUGUUUGUGGAUCUGUGUUACAUUCACACUUGCUUCUACAAUGGGAGUGCUUUUCUCUGCCCCACAUCUUAUAACGUAG